UUAAUGAUAGGUGUUAUGAUAGGUGUUAGGAAAAUGCUUCUGGCUUCUUUAUAUUGUGGGCAAUGGUUUGUGUCUCCAUGUGUCGUAUCAGCAGAGUUCCAGGCAGGGCAUUGAAUUACAUGUACUCGACAUAGGUGUCCCGAGAAUGACUCUUUGGGAACAGUAACUAUUAAUUUAUCCUGGCCUUCACAAUAAAUAUCGUUCGGUAUUCGAUAAUCGAUAGUGCACUCUAUUGCACAAACAUACUGCAUAGCAAGGCAAAGCAAAUAAAUCUUAACAACAACUGUAAAUAACAACAAUAACCACCCUGAGAGCGCGAAAGUUGCUUAUUUUCGUCCAUGGCGUGUGCUGUGGUCUCGUCACAACUCAUGGUGUAAUUAAUGCAGAGACAGUUUAUCAGCGUCCGUAAAUUGUCUCAAACCAUAAUAUAUGCGGAAUUAAUGGUUGAAUUUGGACACAAUCACAUCCUUUGAUCCACGUUUGUUGUGCCUGUCUGUGACUCAACAUCUCUGCAAUAUGGAAAACGCAUUGGUGAAAACUGUAUGUUUGAUGAAGAAUGUGACUCUGGUGUGACGUACUGCCGGGACCGCAGUACUUGUGACUGCAAGCCUGGAUUCCGUAAUCAACAAUCAUCUUGCAUUGCCACUAUCGACUCUGUGUGCUUAACAGACAGUGACUGCAAUACACUGUCAUUUUCAUCUUGCCAGGAUAAUUUCUGCAUGUGUAGGCAAGAUUAUGUGCCUAGUUCUUCAAGACAGGCGUGUCUACCAGUUGCCACAGGUUAUAAACAACAGUGUGAGGAAAAUACACAGUGUUCAAAGACAUUUGGUGACUCUGCAUACUGCUAUGGGGGACAGUGUGUUUGCUCAAAAAAUUACCAUUUUGCUGAUCGAAAGUGUAUAAGAAAUAAAGAUUUGGAUAACCAAUGCAAUUCAAGUAGUGAAUGCUACAUCGGUGAGAAUCUUGGAUAUCGAGUAAGCUGUCUGUCAAAUAGGUGCCGUUGCAAUGAAGGAUAUAUUAGAAAAGACAAUACGUGCAUAGAUUCUGCAACAACAUCAGCACUGUCCUUUCUGCUGGUGGCAUUUCACCUUUUGGUGGUUUUUCUGUUUUGAAUAUGACUGCUUUACGAAAGAGCACAGAAAUGCAAAUAUUUAUGCACUACAUGGGAAGGAGGUGACAACAGAAAGACAUCUCCAAGAAGAACAGAAAUGUGUUUUGGAAUGAAGCAUUUUUGGUACAGAUAGUGCACACUAAGACCUGCAGUUUGAUCUAUCACUUUACUUAAAAAAAUCAAAGAAAGACUGACAUGAAUAUUACAAAAGAAAGACACCCACAUAUUUUUGAGAUUGCAGGAGGGGGCGGGGUGGCAUUAGCGAUAAGAAUAAUUCACCUCUCUGAAUAUCUUGUGUGCUUUCAAAGUUUGAGCCCACACAGUAUUUCUCUGUGAAAGCACUCUCUCUCUCUCUCUCUCUCUCUCUCUCUCUCUCUAAAAUUUUCCCUGAGGUGUCUCACUGGGAGAAAGACUGCUUUUUACCAUCUGUCAGCAUAUUAAGGAAUCUUUUUUUACACCUUUUUCCUUGUAUUUUAUCACAUGGAAGAGGUAAUAAUUUUUCCAUUCACUUAGUUUAAGUCAUUUCAGUGAUGCAUAUACAUUGUUUUG